AGGCUUGUGACUUGGCUGCAAUUCAAACCAGAAGACGUGGAGAAAUCUCCUGAAGGAAUAUUUCGAGCGUUGUAUUACUGCUUCAUUACCGCCUACGGUGCCUAUAUUUCCUAUUUCAGUGGACGCUAUAACUAUAUCCAACAGCCGUGCGAAGUUUUUAACCUCAGUGUUACUUAUGAGAAUUACUUUGAGCAAGAAAUCCCGGCCGAUAUCCUAAGCCUCUACUGGAUACAAUUCAGCUACUACCUCUCGGGGGUUUACAUGGAGCUAUACAUGGAUAAGCGGAGAAACGAUUCCACUAUGAUGUUAAUCCAUCACUUUGUCACUCUUCUACUUAUGUACUUCUCAUACAUGGGACGAUACCUCAAACAUGGCUGUAUAAUAUUCUUCCUGAAUGAUAUAUCUGAUGCAAUUCUGGAGACGGGAAAAAUUUUUCUCUACUUCAAUAAUCGAGGUGGAGUAAUACGAAAAAAAGGAGAACUUGCAUGCAGUGCUGUUUUCUUCUUCUUUACCAUAACUUGGUUCCAUUUUCGACUGUACCUUUUCUGCGUACGACUUCUUCACUCCUCCAAUUGGUGCGCCUACAUUUAUAGAAAAAUUUGGCGACCGCGUCUUUAUCUUCUCUUCAAUUCCCUUCUUUGGGCUCUCUACAUAAUGCAGAUAGUUUGGAGUUAUGUAAGUUGGGAAUACUAA